AUGUUGGCUGCCUGGCUUCUGAACACGCACGAAGCGAACAUCGCCGCGCCGAACCAUGUCUCUCCAGACGCCCCAGUAUCAAUCGGUCAGUUGGAGGCGUGGGGUGUCUACACCCGACGCAUGGACCCCGCGACUCUGCACGAGCGCCACCCAAAGGACGAGGAGAACCGCACUUUUGCGCAGCACCUCGCCUGGAAUCUGGGCUACCAGGGACAGGAGGAGGUGACGCUCACAUUGGAGUCGUUGGAUGAGCUUCGCGAGCACCUCAACGUGGACGAGCAGAUGCGCAUCGUGGAGAGCGGUGUUGUCUAUGUCGACGUGCGCGACGCUGAGGACCGGUGGGUUCGCAUCGAGGCAAAGGCCGGUGAUGUUGUGGUUCUCCCUCGUGGCCUCUAUCACCGCCUUGUUGCUGCGGCAAGCUCCUCAGCCCCCGUCAAGGUGCUGCGGUUGCUGCGAAAGUCUACUGUCUUUCGCCCGCUGCCACGUGAAGGGGAACUUGACGCGACGCUCGCGGCUGAGGCGCGGGAGGCCCGCGCGGACCACCAGUUUUACGUUGCCAACCCGCCCACGGAGACGGUCCUUGGCCCUGCAAAUAACGAUGACAACAUUUUGGUCACGACACCGCGAGACUUCGAUGCGACCUUUGAUAAGGUGAAGGCGGGGCUGGCACAGGGCGACGUGGUGGUACUGCUUUUCAAGGGCGCGUCAGACCGCAAGACGCACAAGUCGUGGUGCCCGCCCUGUGUCCUCGCGGAGCCUAUGGUGCGCCGAGCUGUGCUGGCCGCGCGGUCGAAGCGUCGUGUGGUAUACGUCCAGAGCAUCAUUGAGCGCUCCGUCUAUCUUGGCAACCCCGACUAUGCGUACCGCACUCACCCCUUCGUCGGGGUCGUCUCGAUUCCAUUUCUUGUGGUGUUGCAGCAGGGCGAAAAGGGGCUGAAUGAGCUGCUGCGCGAGCGGGAUCCGGGUGAGCGUUACGAGUCGUGGGUCAAGAAUAUUUGA